AGCAUUUUACUACCACGGUUAUUGCCACAAAUCAAGAGGGCAAAGUGAACGGCAUGGGACUCACACCAAUCUUUACGAACCGGGGUCCUAUUCCUGCGUCUGAGAGGUUUACUGGCAAUAACUGCACAUGCAGAUGAUGCAGCGGGGGAAAUGGGGAAGAGUUUUGUAGGUAAAUCGUAAACGUUAGAGGUUGGUUGAUUUACCAAGACCUCAGCCAAGCAACAAAACAUGACAAGCCUGUCGCGGUUUAGUGGCUGCCCUCUUUCUUGCGUCAACCCUGGGGAGAGCAAUACUGAACCCAGCGUGGUGCUGCCACCUUUGGCAGAGGAGCACAUGGGGCACCCCACUGGCAGUUCCUUAAAACUCUGCCCCUCGCAAAAUUUGCGAGACUACCACGAGACGAGGGCCAGUGCAUUUGUUGACCACUCGGUUACCCAUUUUCCAGACACUGGAUACACCAGUCAUCGCUUAGAACCCAGUCCUAGGGGCAUUAUCAUUGGGACAAAUCUGUCAGCAGCAGGCAUGCCACCAGUAACUGAUCAGCUGGCUCCGAGACCUAACCAACAUGGCAAUAUUGGAAGGUACCGUGACCUCCACAGCUAUAGGGAUGGCAGGAGCCAGGCUUUCUUCAACACGUAUCAAGAGCAGGCCCAUGGUUCGUCAGACGCAACCCGAGAUCUCAGCAGCCAAAUGAUGUUGGGUCUUCCCGGGGAUCUUCUCUCUCGAACGCACCCAUACGGGCAGUCGGUCAGUGGCCCCAGGGCCAACAGCCAGCAGUUAGUCACCCAGUUCCUGGAGUUCUAUAAGCCUCUGAAUAUGGCCAUGCAGCGAGGAGGGGGUGACGCCUUCCUCAGGUGCUCCAGACAGAACCCAAAGCACGAGCUGGUGUGCAAGUGGAGUGACGGCCAAGAAGGCACUGGCAAGCCGCCCUGCGCCAGGAGUUUUGGAACCAUGUAUGAACUCGUCACCCAUAUGACGGUUGAGCAUGUCGGAGGACCGGAGCACUCCGACUACGUUUGUCACUGGGAGAACUGUUUAAGAGACAGAAAGCCUUUCAAAGCCAAAUACAAGCUCGUCAACCAUAUCAGAGUGCACACUGGAGAAAAGCCCUUUCCCUGCCCUUUUCAUGGAUGUGAAAAAGUUUUUGCCAGAUCUGAGAACCUCAAGAUACACAAGAGAACGCAUACAGGUGAGAAACCGUUUAAAUGUGAGUUUGAGGGCUGCAAUCGGAGAUUUGCAAACAGCAGUGACCGGAAGAAGCAUUCUCACGUUCACUCCAGCGAUAAACCCUACACGUGCAAGGUCAGAGGCUGUGAAAAAUGUUACACUCAUCCCAGCUCCUUGCGCAAACACAUGAAACUCCACUGCAAGGCCUACAUCGCCAAAAUCGGCGAAGACGACGAGCACCUUGUAGAGGCCAGGUCUCCUGAGGUAGCGGAACAGCAAGACACGCCCGCCUCUACCACCGUGACGCGAACGAUGACGACUCCCUCCCUGUCUCCAGAGACACGAAAUGAGUCGACUAUGAGGUCACGUUUCCAUCACACCUUUGAAAACAGUUUGGACUAUAUGGCGCACAGGCCACAGUCCCUUUUGGACCCUCUGUUGCUACAACGGGGCAGUUACAGACCAGAGUCUGUACAAUAUUCGUGCAGCCAACCAAGUCAUUCGUUCGCACCUAGCCAUAGAACUUUUGCGACCAACUCACCUUUUCAGAAAAGUCUGGUGAAUGGCUGGUACACGUGUCAUAGCGCCGUGGACACAUUUUCACCCAAACACUGUAACAGUGAUUUAUAAUGUCUUUAAUUCGGGCUUGUUAAAGCAUUGACGGAUGACAGCUGAAGUGUUCCUCUUCAUGUAAUAUUAUGUCCUACAGGUUUAAAUAUGAGCGUGCAAUUUGUUACUGUGAGCUUUAUCUGUUGUACAUUUAUGUUCUUGUAUUGGUGAGACGUCGGUGACUAAACUGUAAAUAGCUUACUAUAAAAGUAAAGAAAAAAGUUGCCAAAAUAUAAUUCACAUAGAAAAUGUCUACAAACAAAUGGAGUAGAAUUUAUAGGUCGAAAAAAUAAAGUAAGUUAUUUCUGCACAGGAAAAAAAUUAAUGGCGUAGUCUACUAUGAGGUUCUGUAGAGGCAGGGCCUCUGUCAAUGUGAUGUAUAAUGGAAAGAAGAGGUUUAUCUCUUGAAAAGUGAUGAUACAAGUUAGUAACGUGGCUUUUUUUUUUUUUUUUGUAAAUUACAACUUGGAUUUUACAUGCGUUUUCUGUCACAGUUGAAAUGUUGGUCGAAGAUUAAAAAUAUCGUUUGUCUUGAUGUGUGUGAAGGUGAACCCAUCAUUGAACGAUGCCUUUGACAAAUUAUUUGGAGAUUUUCACACUACACCACCAAUGAGUGAAUUUUAUACCUUAAUACGUUUGUGGCAAUUAUUAUAGACAUCAACCCCCCUUCAUUGUGAAAAUGUUUAAUUAAGAUUCUACUGUGUACUGUACAAUUAAUUAUGCAUUCUAAGUUUCAUUAAAGUAUCUCUAUUCUCUUUGA